AUGUUUAAGCCAGCCUUUCAGUUCAAGCUGGGGUAUGGCGUCUUACCGGGUCGCGUGUGCGCCGGCCGCUUUGACGGCCAGUACCCUGCCCUCGCGUGCGCCGGCACGGGUGGCAAGGUCAUUAUACAUCAUCCUCACCAAGGCGAUGAUGCGGGCUUGUCCCGAUCGGCUGUGAACCUGCUCAACUUCAAUCGUGAUGUCACGGCGCUCACUGCGGGAUCCUUAGACCCUGCUGGACAACAAGACAUCCUGUACAUUGGCUCUGCCAGUACGCUGACAGCUCACGAUGUCACCAACAAUUCGGAUGUUUUCCACAUUGAUGCUCCGGAUGGUGUCAACUCCAUUGUUAUUGGCCAGGCCGCGGCCAGCAGCCAGCCGUUGGUGUUUGUGGGCGGUGGCAGUGCUGUGUUUGGCUACAACGAGGAGGGCAACGACCUGUUUUGGAUGGUCGCAGGUGAUGAUAUCUGUGCAUUAAUCCUGGCCAGCGUCGAUACUUCGGCGCCCGCAGAAGAUCGCCAGCUGGUGGUGGGCCUGGCCGAGCGAAGUCUGAGCGUGUAUAGCGAGGACGGCGAGUUGGUGCACGAGUUUGCUGAACAGGAGUGCAAAGCAGCUGUAAAUUGCCUUUGUGCUUUUGAUGUGACGCGUGAUGGCGCCAAAGAGCUGGUCGUGGGACAGGCCGAUGGCAGCCUCAAUCUGCAUCAGGCUGAAGCGGGCCAUGUGCUUCUGACGGACCGCUUUGAGGAUGCCGUCGCCGGUUGCGUUGUGAUUGAUUACCGCCGCGAAGGCCACGACUCGCUGCUGGUUGUCUCUGGUGCUGGCCACGAUCUUGAGCAUCAACUCCACCUUUUGAAAUCUGCCAAGGACAAGGACAGCUCGACCCCGGCGGCACUGGAAGGGUUGGCUGAAGCGAGCUUGCACUUGGGUCACAUCAUCAGAUCAGUGGUCAUUAACGCGCCGGGACUCGUGGCCAAUGAUACAGAAACCAUCUGCAUCCCUGCCAAUGCUGCCACAGAUAAUUUGCAAUUUGACCUUCAUCCUGCCAAAUAUGGCCCAUACACCAUUAGUGUGCUGGCGCUGCUUGGCGGGUCUGGAAACACUAAUUUGUGGCGUGUGAAAAACAUCUCCACGCAAUUGCCAAGCCUGUUCAUGCUGCAUCCAGCUCCUGAUGUCGCGCCCCCUCGUGAGCAAGCCGCCUUUGCCCUCGAUGACCCCGAAGUGUUUUUGAAGUGGCUCAGCAAGCAGACAAACCAGGCGCAAUUGGAGCGGUUACCCGCUGAACUCGUGUUUCGACAUGUGACGCUGGAUACUGUUCUCGCCUUUCGCUACUUUCGCAAAACGCUGAUUGUUUGUGGAGAUGCAGAGGAGCAAGUCGCGCCGAUCGUGAGGAUGAUGCGCAAGCGCCUGCGUCUUCGCCCGGUUCCCCUUCCAAAUCUAUCGGAUGCCCCCACCGCGCUGGAGGAGCGUACUCGGCGUCGCUCGAAAGACGCUGAACCGGUGGUGGCGAUGGAAUCCUCACAACCCGGGUCACCGGGGCAAGCAGCCCAGAUCCCAGUACGAUCCGAUCUCAACUCUCCGACCAGCGGAGGGGGUGGCGGUGACAAGGCGGGUGAGGCCUCACGCACGGAGGCAAGGCGCUUGCCUCAGCCUCCAGGUCAGCUUCCCCGAACGCACAAGGCCCAACGCAGGCCUGAAGGUGAUGAUACCAGUCCUCUGCCCGCUGCUCCAAGUGCAUCCCCACCACGCUCCUCGGAAGCUCUUGCUUCAGAUGAGAAGCAGCGUCACACGCCACCACUGCCAAUGGCCAAGACCGAUAGUCAGCACGACAAUGGUCUUGCAGGCAUCAAAAACCUGCUCUCUGAGAUUGCUGACCUGCACGGAGUUCGCCAGCGCCUCUCUGCCGAGCUGGCAGAGGGGAGCAACUUGGUCAAAAGCCUUCUCCUGCGCGCCGAGGACUACCGACUCAUGGGAGAUACGUUUAACAUGCGCGAGACGUAUGCGCAGCUGCAUGCCGCCAACAGGGACCUGGUGAACGCCUACACGAUCCGAUCAACCAAUCACAACAAGCUGCUAGAGGGCCUUAAGUCCUUGAACAUGUUCAUUCAAACUACGGCCCAGCUACUCGAUGGGCCCUUGCAAACCGAGUUUGUCGCUGAAUGUCGUGAGUGCAUCCGCAACAGCGAUAUGGUCAAGCUGUUCAAUGUUUUGCACGCUGCAAGAACUACGAGUCAUGCCUGA